AUGGACAAGUCCCUCCUGCUGGGACUCCCCAUGCUGCUCUGCUGCUUUAGAGAAAUUGUUCAGUGCAGGAUGUGCCACCUCCAGUUCCCAGGGGAGAAGUGCUCCAAAGGCAGAGGGCUGUGCAUGGCGACAACGGAAGAGGCUUGCACAACCGGGAAGAUUUUCAAAAAGGACGGCACUCCCUGGUUAACCUUCAUGGGCUGCCUGGAGCACUGUGCCAACGUGGACGACAUGAAGUGGGGUCCCUAUCUGGUGAAGUUCAGGUGCUGCAGGAGCAAAGACUUGUGUAACGAACUCCUCUAG